AUGAACAUCACCGGAAGGGUGGCAGCUUCUCUGGUCAUGGAGGAACCGCUGCAGUUGAACCCUUUCGACGCUGCCUCCCCCUCCUGCAGCAUUGAGGUGCCACACGACUGUGUGUCUCCUGCUCACAGCAGCGUGGCAGAGUCUGAUGCAACAUACUCUCCUUCCCGCUCUGCCGAAGGUUUCGAGAGUGACGGACAAACUGCGUCAAGUCCACCAGCACCAGAAAAAGAACGCCAGUUCCUGGUCUUUGAGAGCUGCCUGCGAGAACUCUUCAGGACAUGCCAGGAGUGCUCAAGACCCUGCCAAAAUGACAUCACAAGCCAGGGUACGCUCAUCACAGUGGUCAGCAUCUGCCCUCUCGAGCACGUGCGGAAGUGGAGCAGCCAACCCAUCAUCAAUGGAAGAGGCGCAGGAAACAUUCUGUUGACAAGCCAUCUGCUCUUCUCUGGAGCCCAAGUGACGAACACACUUCGGAUGCUCCGCCACAUGAACGUCGAGGUGAUGAGCGAUCAGAUGUACAACACCUACCAGAACGCCCUCCUGUUCCCUGCAGUGGACAAGAUAUGGCUACAAGAACAAGAUGAGCUGAUCAGUCAGCUGGACAGUCAAGAAGUUGACAUUACUGCCGAUGGACGGUUCGAUUCUCCUGGGUUUUCUGCAAAGUACCUCACAUACUCGGCUCACGUCCAACAGAUCAACAAGAUUCUCCACUCUGUGCAGGUCCAGCUAGGAGAGUCAGAGCGAGCAAUGGCCAGUGUCAACAUGGAAAAGGAAGGCCUCAUCAAGCAGCUGGAAUUUUUGAAGGAGAAAUGUAUCCACAUCCGAUCCUUGGGGACUGAUCGCCACCCUGCCAUACGGAAGCACAUGGAGACCCAGGAGCCCGGAAUUGCCCACUACUUCGACAUUUGGCACAUCUCCAAAAGUGUGAAGAAAAAGAUGGCGGCAGCAAGCAAACGAGCCGGCUGCCAAGAACUUCAAAUGUGGGUGCAGGCGACCACCAACCACCUCUACUAUUCGGCCAAGGCUGGGGCGGGCGACAGGAAACUGACCGUUGACGUGUGGCUCAGUCUCCAGAACCAUGCCAUCAACGAACACACGGGCCAUGGCGGGAGCUAUCCCAGGUGUCUGCACAACGAGAUACAAGACAGCACAAGAAAGUGGAUGGAUCCUAGUAGGUUUUUGUUCUCCCAACUGAGGGUGCUCAUUCUAAACCAUGUCCUAUCUGCAGACUCCCAGGCCUAUGACCACCUAAAAAAAAUCACUGGGGACAAGCGGCUCCUGAAGGACGUCGGCCAGAUGUCUCCCCAUGGCCAGACGUACGCCCUUGAGGCGUUCCACAGCGUCCUCAUAAAUUUCGCCCCAAAGUCCCAGGCAUUUUCUCCGGCUGGCAUGCUUGCAAGGUAA